UGGCAAACACGACUGCACCCCAGGAUAAGUGGAUGCUACUACUGGACACUCUUACAAGAAACAGGUUCAGCUGCAGUUUGCUUUUGAUUCCUGUACCACUCUGCUGAUAGACUUUGAUACCUUGUUCGACGGCAAUAAACUACAGCAAACAAAGAACUGAUGAAAGCUCUUUAAAGGACUGUUCCUCUGAACUGUAUCAAGAAGAAAUGGCGUCUCUAACUCACCAGCUGUUACUAGCUUCACUUGCUCUUGGUGCUGUUCAACUCAUCAGUGGCUACAGCUUUGACAACUGUGUUGCAGAUCCUUAUGGGAAAAGUUUCAAAUGCAUCAACAGAAGGAGCAAGAAAAUGCACGAAAUAAUAAAUGACCUGCCGCCAUCUGUCCUCAGUCUCAAUAUCUCCUUUAACUCCAUACUGCAUAUCCCCAGCAACAGCUUUGCAAAUCUAUCACAACUCCAGUACCUACGAUUAGACCAAAACCAAGUGAGAACCAUCGAUCGGCUGGCUUUUCAAUACUUGCAUCAGUUAAAGUCUCUUAAUUUGUCCUCAAACAACAUAUCAGAACUCAGCUCUUCAUUGUUCAAUGACCUACGCAACCUCACCUUCCUCUCGCUAACACACAACAAAUUAAAGGAACUCCCCGUGGAUAUUUUCUCUGCUGUUCCCAAACUUGGAACUUUACUCAUGGGGAAAAACUUUCUCACAAAUUUCUCAGGGAUUGUCAAGUCUGUAUCACAUCUAAAGAAUCUGACAGUGCUCGACCUUUGCUCUAAUAAUUUGACCUCUCUCAGUCACUCAAAUGUGUCUCUGCCCAAAUCCCUCGCUGUGUUGUAUCUUUGUAGAAAUAAUCUGUAUACAUUAGGAUGUAAACCGUCACUUUUCAAGUUUGUCAGGCUGCUGGAUGUGUCUCACAAUUCUAAACUCAAUACCCUGGCUUUUCAAGGAGUGGAUCUGAGCAAUGUAAAAUCUCUGUAUUUGAGCUCAACAAGUGUCAAAGUAGUGGAGUUUUUAAAAAUGAGCGACAUUAAUGCAGGCCAUGUUGAUUUCUCUGGUGCUGGCUUAAAAAAUGGCAGUAUGUUGAAAGAGUUAUGUAUAUUGUUGAAGGAAAAGCUAAAGUCGAUUAAAAAUUUGCAACUCGCUGCUAAUGGGAUUAGAAACCUAACAAACUUCUCACAUUAUUGUCCAGUAAUUAAAGGGGCUUUGGACCUAUCCCACAAUGACCUAAAAGAAGUAGGAUGCCUGAACUUUCUCAAAACACAAACAGAAGUUACUAAGUUCACAGCAGAGCACAAUCUUCUCACCAGGCUCCCAUCAUGUACAAAACAAAUUACAGUUUAUUUCAACAGUCUGGAGAAGCUGAGCUAUCGCUACAAUCGCAUCCGCUCAGUUGGUGCUAACGCCUUUCAUCACACACCAAAUAUCAAGACACUGCAACUCAACAUAAAUAAUAUUGCUUUUCUCCAUCGCAGCUCUCUAAAAGGGCUGAAAAAACUUGAGACCCUCCGACUGGACAAUAACCUUUUGACAGAUUUGUUCAAUGUAACAUUUGAAGAUAAUUUCAACCUGCAAAUCCUUAAUCUGCGCAACAACCGAAUUUCGGUAAUAUUUAAUAGGACCUUCAGCGAACUAAAAAAUCUAACAACACUGGAUCUAGGAGGUAAUAAGAUCUCCCAAAUUCAGAUAUCUGGCCUAGAUGGAUUAAAAAGUCUGUCUAAACUCUAUCUAGAUGGAAACAACCUGAAAAAGAUUGACUCUUCGUACUAUCACGUGUUCCAAAAUACACUCACAGUACUGGAUUUACAAGGUAAUAUGAUUAGCUUCACCAGCGAUGAGAUCAGUUCACCAUUUAUGAACCUCAGCAAACUCAGUGAUCUAAAACUGAAUGAGCAGAAGCCGCAUGGCCUCGCUUUUUUACCUCGCACUUUAUUUCGUGGUCUCCAUUCAUUGAGAUCUUUGUAUCUCACUAAUAAUAACAUCUAUUAUCUUGCUCCUGAAACCUUUGAUGAUCUGACAGGCUUACAUUUCCUCACACUGGACAACUGCUGUCUUGGAGUGGUACAAUUACAGCCUGGAGUCUUUAAAAAUUUAAGAAAUUUGACUAAACUGGCUGUAGAAAAUAUGGGCAUUCAGAACUUUUCCAAGGAGGUUUUUGGAAAUCUUACACAGUUACAAAUCCUUCAACUCAACCACAAUGUGAUGCAGAGAAUUCCUGUAGAUGCACUAGAGAGUUUACCUAAACUCCACUACCUUGAUAUUCGUAAUAUUCCUCUAAGCUGCACCUGCAAGAACAGCCUCUUGCAAAACUAUACAUUGCAUAAUCCAAAUGUUCAGGUGGUGUAUCUCCGUACUUUGUCAUGCCCACAGGAUAUAAAAAAUAAAUUCUACAAAUUUGACACUAGAGUUUGUUACAUAGAUCUAGGAGAGUACAUGUUCUUCAGCACUGCAGCUGCGAUCAUCCUGUUUACAGUAAUUCCUUUACUUUAUGUUAAACUCUACUGGAAAAUGAAGUAUGGCUACUAUGUGUUCCGUUCCUGGUUUAGUGAGCACUGGAGCAGACUCAGAGAAGAGGAGGAAAAUUGCAAAUAUGAUGCUUUUAUCUCCUAUAAUUCAUCUGAUGAAGACUGGGUUAUGAAUCACUUGCUGCACAACCUGGAGGGAAAGGAAUCAUCUUUCAAACUCUGUCUACAUCACAGGGACUUUGAGCUGGGUCGUGAUAUUGUGGACAACAUUGUCAAUGCAGUUUACAGCAGCAGGAAAACGAUUUGUGUGGUGAGCAGGAACUUCUUACAAAGUGAGUGGUGCUCUCUGGAAAUUCAACUUGCCAGUUACAGACUCUUUGAUGAACACAGAGAUGUUCUUCUGCUCGUGUUUCUGGAGCCCAUCUCUGAGAGACAGCUGUCAUCCUAUCACCGCAUGAGGAAAGUCAUGCUGAAAAAGACUUAUUUGCAGUGGCCUGGGUCAGACUGCCCCGAUCCCCUGCAGGCCCAAGAACUGUUUUGGAAUCAGCUACGCAGGGCGAUAAGAACAGGGAGCAGACUGGAAACGGACGAAGAUGACGCCAUUGAUCCAGAAAGCAAAAAAACUAGACAAAAUGAAAAUCACACCUCGGAUGAAAACUGUUACUUGCAACCUUAAAAUGACUAGAUUAUUUGUGGUUUCAUUAUCAUUUAUAAUAUUCUGUAUGUCAAUAGUUCCCUUUUAAUGUGGCCAUGAAUACAUUGUGUGAAUGGGCAAAUAAUGACACAAACAACAUUAUUUUUAUGCAAUAU